CUAGACAACCAACUGCUAAGCCCUUCACUACUCCUCCCUUUACCCGCCCCAUAACGUCACUCGUAGUAACGGAAAGGUCCACUCCUGCCGGCUUUGGAUGUUUUUCGAAGACUUGCUAGCUUAUAAGUUCCGAUCGUCGGGUUUAAAUGUUUUUCUAAUUGACUAGAACUAAUUGUAGGAGGGUCGUAUUGAAAGAAAGAGGCGAAGAUUUGAUUGCCAGACUUAUGCUGUUUCCUUUCCGUAGGAGGUUGUUUUGUGGAAUGUUGGAUGGCAUUUAAAAGUUAAUUAUUGCAUUCCUGCAAAUUUCUUUCUACGCAUGUGAGAAGUCAGAUGGAGCACUGAUUUUGUUCUGCCAUGUGUCAGAGCAGCCCUGGUCGAUAUUUUAAGUUGUGGGUGAUUCGUGCUUGUUGCAGCCUGACUCCGAAGUCAUGGAUUUAAUGUUAAUGAGUUGGUGCUGCUUUAGGCUACCAACAGCAGUAGUUUAUGGCUCACUAUCUCUAUUUAUAUCCAUUCUGCAUAAUGUAUUCCUGCUGUAUUAUGUGGACACUUUUGUUUCUGUUUACAAGAUAGACAAAGUAUCUUUCUGGAUAGGAGAGACUGUGUUUCUGAUCUGGAACAGCCUCAAUGAUCCUCUGUUUGGCUGGUUGAGUGAUCGAUCAUUUCUCAGUGCACAGCAAUCAGAUGAGCAAAUCUCCUCUCCAGAUGUUGUGCUAAAAAGACUGAAAGCACUGUCCAGAAGUGGACCUUUGUUUGCCGCUUCCUUCCUGGUAUUCUGGGUUCCAUGGGCCCCUGCUGGUUUGCAGUUCCUCAUUUGUCUUUGCCUAUAUGAUAGUUUCCUCACUGUGGUGGACCUAAAUCACAAUGCCUUGUUGGCAGACUUGGCAGUGUCUGCGCAAGAAAGGACGAAACUCAACUUUUACUGUUCACUGUUUAGUGCAUUGGGCUCCCUAUCUGUAUUUUCCUCAUAUGCUGUGUGGAACAAGGAGAACUUUUUCUCUUUCAGAAUAUUCUGUGUCACAUUAACCAUUUUCUCAGGCACUGGAUUUAGUGUUUCAUCUUGGCUGCUGCAACGGCAAUUUCAGAAUGAAGCUAAAGUGAAGUGUGAUGAAGCAUCAGUUUUGAAAAAGUUGCGUAUUGGAGAGGCCCCUCUUGCUCAGGAUAGCAGACUGACACUAGCUGAAUAUCUAAAUCAGCUUUCCAGGCACCGCAACUUUUUGUGGUUUGUCUCCAUGAACCUAAUUCAGGUUUUCCACUGCCACUUUAAUAGUAAUUUCUUUCCACUGUUCCUGGAACAUCUCCUGUCAGACAGGAUCUCUCUGUCCACUGGAUCAUUCCUACUAGGUAUUGCUUAUAUUGCACCACACUUGAACAACCUGUACUUCCUCUCCCUGUGCAACAGGUUUGGCGUUUAUAAAGUUGUUCGUGGGCUGUUCCUUCUGAAGCUAGUUCUCAGUACAGUCAUGCUUAUAGCUGGCCCAGACCAUGUCUACCUGCUUUGUUUUUUCAUAGCAAGCAACCGAGUCUUUACAGAAGGAACUUGCAAACUAUUGAACCUGGUCAUUACUGAUCUAGUGGAUGAGGACUUUGUGCUGAAUCAUAGGAAACAAGCAGCCUCUGCACUGUUGUUUGGUAUGGUUGCUUUGGUAACCAAACCAGGCCAGACAUUUGCCCCUUUGGUAGGCACCUGGCUUCUGUCUUUUUACACAGGAUAUGAUGUUUUUCAGCAUGACCCAGUGCUUAAUGCUGUUACCACCCAGCCAGUGGCAAAGUCAAGUGAAGCUUGGAUCAACACUGUUCGGCAGGGCUGCUUUUAUCUGCUUGUCUUUAUUCCAUUCAUCUGUGCAUUGCUGCAGCUUCUCACUUGGUCACGUUUCACACUGCGUGGCAAGCGCCUUCAGGCCAUCAAGUCCCGGAGACAGAGUGUGUCUCCUGGUGGAUUAGAGGAUAUUAAAACAAUAUGAAUUAUAAAUGUGAAGCAUAAACACCAAAACAUGAAUGUCUAACUUCAGAAGUAAACCAUAUUGACUGACUUCAUAAACAUACCAUAUACACAUGUCUUGAAUAGAGGGCAAAGACUGGUUACAUUCCACUUUUUUUAUACACUAUUUAAUUUCUGAUUAUGGUAAACAGUAAUCAAAAUGGACUAGACUAGUGGACUAUCUGAUCAAUGUGGUACACUCUGUUAUGUAGAAUCAGUAGCAUUUCUUUCUACUUAAGGUUAAUUUUGUGCAGUCCAUAAGCAUAUGCACACUAAUCCUGAAAAUAGUGUUUUGUUUUUUUUUAAAUUUUAUGGAGCAACAAAGCCAUUUAUUUUUAAACAACAUAGAUUAAUUUUAUAUUCCUGUCUCGGGUUUUCUAAUGUUGAUACCCUUUAUUAUGUAAUAAACUCCUGUCAAGUGAA